AAGGCUGAACCCAAGGCACACCUUCAGCCUUCUUUUUCCUAGUCACUGGCGGAUAUCUCGAGUGAGCCCAUCCACGUCAGGUAGUUGCCAUACCGCACCAUGGCCGUGCUCUCGUGCACAGAUGGAGUAGGAUAACCUCUAGAUACCAAAAUAAGAGCACGCGAUUCUGUUUAGGGUACAAUAUUCGUCAGGUAGCGCAGUUUCCUACUCUCAUAUUUCCGCGUGACAGGGAAUCAUGCAACCGACAGGGGGCAAGGGCCGCCGAGGCCAGAAGACAUGGUCCUUCACGGCUCAUUCGUCGAGCGUGAAUUGCAUAAGCAUCGGGAGGAAGUCAGCGGAGAGGUUUAUAACGGGCGGCGACGAUAAGAAGCUGCAUCUAUGGUCCACCCGCCAGCGGGCGCCGCUGCUGUCCCUGCGCGGCAACACGAGCGCCAUCCAGAGCGUGCUGCUGGACGCCAGCGAGGAGCUCGCCGUAGCUGGGGGAGCCGCUGGCGCCGUCAAGCUCUGGGAUCUGGUGGAGGGGAAAGCCAUCCGCACGAUGACGGGCCACAAGGCCGCGCCCGUCGCGCUCGACCUGUACUCCUCGGGCGGCCUCUGCGCGUCGCUCAGCCCCGCGGACGGCACCGCGCGCGUGUGGGACCCGCGCCAGAAGGACGCCGCGCACGUCUUCCGCGGAAUGGGCGCGGGGGACGCGGGGGAUGGCGGCGGAGCAGCGGACGGGGGAGGAGCGGAUGGGAGGGGAGCGGGAGCGGGGGGAGGAACGGAAGUUGGGGGGGUGAAGGGCGGGAGAGGCGUGGGGUGUGUGCGGUUCAGUCCGGAUGGGCGGUGGGUGGUGGCGGGAGGGCAGGACGGACGCAUCAAGCUGUUCGACUUGGCGCAGGGCCGGCUGUUCAAGCAGCUAGCCGGCCACACGGACGCCGUGAGCGCGCUCGACUUCCACCCGCAGGAGCUGCUAAUGGCGUCGGCGGCGCGCGACCGCACGGUGCGGUGGUGGGACCUGGAGUCGUUCGACUGCGUGGACUGCACCGCGCCCGAUAUGCCCGGCACCCGGGCCAUCGCCUUCGCGCCCCAGGGGGAUGCGCUCUUCGCGCCCUGCACGGACCACCUCAAGGUGUGGGGCUGGGAGCCCGUCAGGUGCUUCGACUCUGUCCACGUGGGAUGGCCAAGGGUCGCUGACGUCAGCGUGAAUGAGACCUCCCUGCUGGCUGUCGCUGCAUCCGUCACCGUUGUCACUCUCUGGACCGUUGAUCUUGAGCGAGUGCUGCCCUUCAGCAAGGACCCCUCGCAGUGCUUCGACGAUCCUCUCCCCCUCCCCUCCCCCACGCCCCACCUCCACCGCUCCCGCAGCCCCUUCUCCGCCCUCUCCCCCUUCGCCCCCUCCCCCUCCUCCUCCGUCUUCCGCCCCUCCCCCGCGUCCCCCUCCGCCUCCCCCUGCCCCUCCCUGUCGCGCCGCAGCACCCUGAGGGGCAGCCUGGGGGGCGCAGGGGUGGGGGGGUUCGGGGGCUGGGGCAAGGUGGCGCCAGAAGGGUGCGAGAGCGACGUGGAGGGGGCGCUCUGCCAGCACCAGAAGCGCGCCACCUCUUCCUCUUCACGUGCGCGCUCCUCGUCGCUUCCGCGCUCCCUCGCGCGCCACCUCGCCCCCACCAUCGCCUCGCUGCACCGCUCUCGCCGUGCACCCUCCCCCUCGCCCUCUGCAGUCGGUGAGGGGGGGAGGGAGAGCGAGCGAGAACGGGAGAGGGAGCGAGAGAGGGAGAGAGAGCGGGAGUGGGAUGACAGUGUGUCGGUGGGCACGCCGAGGCGGUGUGUGCGAUCGCCGCAGAGAGGGGGUGGAGGGGCGAGGAGAGGGGAGAGGGGUGGAGACAGGGGGAAUGCAGCACGGUGCAGCAGCGAGGGAGGGUGGUGGGGAGACAGGGAGGGGAGGGCAGGGCGAGGGGGCAUUGUGGCAGCGGUGGUGCUGGGUCGUGAUGAUUAUAACGGUGGUGGUAAUAACGGUCGCUAUGGCAACGGUGGGGACACCAGCACCGAUGAUGAGUGCACGAGUAACAGGCUGGUCCGUGGCGGCUCUUCAUCACACGCCAACGCCACCACCACCGGCCAUGCAGCCUGUCGGCCCACCUCUCAUGUGCGAGCAGCGUCACACACCCCUCCUCUCCUCUCCCCUCACUCCUCCUCCUCCCCUUCCCGCCACACUCACCAUAAUCGGGCCGGCUGUCCUGCCCGUGCUGCCACUGCUCGCAUUGCACCCGCCUCUUCUACCACCCCCGUUACAGUCACACCAUCCGCGGCUGCGCAUGCUGCAAGUGGCAGUACCCGUACUGCUGUUGCUGCUGCUGACGGUUCUGCUGCUACUCCACCCAGAGGCGCACGCACGUCUGCAGCCGCAGUGCCAUCAGCACGCACACCAGCAGCAGCAAUAUCCACUCCAGCCGCAGCAGCACCAGCACAAGCAUCAUCAUCAGCUGCAGCAGCAGCAUCAGCAGGGAGGGGCGCGCAGAGCGCAUCAUCAUCGUCUGGGCGGUCGCACAUAGUGGACCUGGUGUCUCGCGUGUCCGACUGGAUCGGGUCGCUCUCCUCGCAGGAACCCGCAGCAGCGGGCGAGAAGAGGGCGGCAGGGAGUGGAGGAGGGGAGAGGAAGAGGGCGGAGAGGGGAGGGGGCGAGGGGAGGGCGGGAGAGAGGCGCAGAGGCAAGGCGGAGGAGGAUGGGGAGGUGGAGCCAAGGAGCGGUGGUAGGGGCACCCAUGUUGGGACUGUUACUGCUGGUAAUGCUGGUACUGCUGGUACUGCUGGUACUGCUGGUACUGCUGGUACUGCUGGUACUGCUGGUACUGCUGGUACUGCUGGUACUGCUGCUGCAGCUGGUGCUUCUUCUGAUGGUGCUGCUGUGGCUGCUGCUUCUGCUGGCAGCUCCUUUGGCAGGCUUGGGCAAACUGCGCAGCGAAUGAGCUUUGGGUCAAACGGUGAUGCGCAUGCCAGCGCUGCUGCUGCUUCUGCUGCUGCUGCUCCUGCUGCUCCUGCUGCUCCUGCUGCUGCUGCUGUGGCAACAUCUAUCAACAGCACCACCACCAAUGCCAAUGCUAACGCCAACACCCACAUCACCAGCAACGGCCAUCCAUCCAUCCCCCCCUAUGCAGCGAGUCUACGAGCCCCCUUUGCAGCCGACACACAGCUGCCCGACUCCCCACCCCCCACCUCCGGUGCGUCUGCUUCCCUCUCUGUGGGCAGCUGGGGCUUCCGAUCCUCCAGCAAGGCUCGGGGGAGGCGGCAGGGCUCCCCAGCCCCAGCCCUCUCUGAGGGCAGGUCCAGCAGCAUGCCGAGGCAGAACUCGCUGGUUCGGAAGCUAGGCUUGUUUGUGCCGAGGCUGCGCCCGCCCUAUGCUGUGGAUGAUGAGGAGGUGGAGGAGGGGGAGGAGGUGGAGCAGGGGGGAAUGGGGGAGAUGGUGGGGAUGGUGAGGAGCCAGAGUGAGAAGAUUCCAGGAAGUGGGCCCCUUGUUGUGAAGCGCAAUGGGGGGCUUGCUGACGUGAAGGCUUUAGCCAAUCAGAAGGUAGCAGGGAAUGGAGGGGUAGAGAGAAGGGAGAGGGGGGAGGAGGGGAGGAGUGUGGUGAGAAAGGGGAGGGAAGGCGUGCUGGGAGCAGCAGAGCUGGGGAGCGGCGCAGAGAGGGAGGCAGUGAAGGGCGGAGGGGUGGGGGGCGGCGAGCUGCGAGAAGCAGGGAGGGAAGGCGUUGCGGGAGGCCGCGGGGCAGCAGCGGCUGGUGGUGCUGGUGGUGGUGGUGGUAUGGCAGGGGAUGUGGGCAGGGGGGUAGGGAGCAUGGGAGGUGGGGAGGAGAGGGUAGCUCGUGGGGCGGUGCAGAGGCGGAUGGGAGGAGGGGCUGGGGACCUCAUUCCCUUCUUGAGGCAGGCUGAGAGGCAGGAGCACGAGCAACAGCAGCUGCAUUACCGCCAAACCCAGCAGCAGCAGCAGCACUACCACCACCCCCAGCAGCAGCAGCACCUGCAGAAGCAGCAGCAGCAGGGAGGGGGGCAGGCGGGUGAGGAGGGGGAAACGUUGCUGGCAGCAGUGGUGGGGGGCCACGAGGGGGUGGUGCGGCGGCUGGCGGGGCGCAGGGGGGCAGUGCAGCAGGUGGGCGCCAUGUGGCGAGAGGGGCUGGUGCCCGACGCCCUGACGUUCCUGGCCGUGACGGCCGAUGAAGGGGUGUUGGCGGAUGUGGUAUCCGCCAUUGCAGCACCGGGAAGCAGUGUGGGCGGGGGAGGAGGUGUAGGUGGCCUUAGCAGCAUGGAAAUGGGGAGUGGGGCGAGUGCAGCCGUGAGGUGCCUGGGUGUGGACGGCUGUGCCGCCCUGGUGCCCAUUCUGGGCCGCCUGCUAGACAGUUCUCACUCCAGCCACGUGCAUGCCGCCCUCUCGCUCCUGCGCGCCCUGCUCCGCUGCUACAGUGACAGCAUCACCGCCGCCCGCUCUGCUGCUCAUUCUCCUGGCGUGGACCUGCACAUGGAAAUGAGGCUGCAGCGCUGCUGCGAGUGCUUUGAGGCCUUCCAGGAGGUCGCCCCCAUCCUGCACCCUCUCCUGCAAUGCGGGGAGAAUCGCUCGCUCGCAACGGAAGUGCACAUGCUCGUCAGCCGCCUCUCCUGAUGCUCGCUGCCUUGGUUUUGAGCCGUCUCAAAAGAAGUACUCGCUUGCAACCCAAGUGCACAUGCUCUAUCAGCGGAUAGUACCGUUUAGCACACCAGUAACCCGUAACAGACUGCUGCGUUGCUACCCAGGGUCUAUCAGCCAGCAAGCUGGUUCAGACUGCCCCCACCUGCACAUUCUAUCAGCAGAUGGUUGCCAUGCCCCAAUGUGUUUGCCGAGUAAGGAGCCUUCUUGGAAUAGAAGUCAUGUGAUGUGCCCUUAUGGAUUGAAGGCUGUGUAGCCUGCUGUGUUACGGUAAGUCUCUGCAUGUGGGUUUAACAUGCCCGAGGCAGCCCUGGCCUGUCCACUCCAAUGUA